AUGUCUGAUUGUGACGAUAAUGAUGCUGGCUGGAUUUUCUAUAAGGACAGACCAGAUUGGAGCGACGUUAAACCCGUGCCAGAAGAUGAUGGACCAACGCCAGUUGUGGUUAUUGCCCAUUCGGAAAAAUUUGAAGAUGUCUAUGACUACUUUCGUGCUGUACUUCAGAACGAUGAGAAGUCCGAACGUGCAUUGGAAUUGACUAAGGAUGCUGUCGAACUUAAUGCUGCAAAUUAUACAGUGUGGCAAUAUAGGCGAGAACUAUUGAAGGCACUGGGAACAGAUCUGAGAUCGGAAUUGGACUAUGUAGAAUCUGUUAUUCGAUUAUCCCCUAAGAACUAUCAGGUUUGGCACCACAGACGCGUGCUAGUGGAAUGGCUUCAAGACCCAUCGCAUGAAUUAGAUCUGACAGAAGAGGCACUGCUACAAGACCCGAAGAAUUACCACGCUUGGCAACACAGACAGUGGGCCAUGAAAACUUUUGGGUUGUACGACACCGAAAUCGAAUUUGUGGACAGCUUACUAACAGAGGACGUCAGAAACAAUUCCGCUUGGAACCAGCGUUACUUCGUGCACAACAACUACACGGGGUGGUCGGACAUCAACGUGCAAAAGGAGAUCUCCUACACCCUCGAGAAGAUAAAAUUCGUCAAAAACAAUGAGAGCGCGUGGAAUUACCUUCGGGGGGUGUUGAUACAUGACAAGAGAGGUCUCAACGGCAACGGCCUGGUGACCUCCUUCUGUGAAGAGUUAUAUAGAAACCGGUGCCGGUCGCCAUUUUUGUUGGCCUUCAUUAUCGAUGCUUGUGAAGAUGCGAUUAAGAAGAAUGAGGCAGACGGCUGCCACAAUGCAAUCAGGGCGAUAGAGUUGUGUGAUGCCCUGGCGACAAAGUAUGAUAAAAUCAGGGAAAAAUAUUGGAAGUAUUUAAGCAACCGUUUCCAAAAGUACAAAAGUGAGAACGGCGAUAAUCAUUCGGUGUAG